AUGUGCACCACACUCUUUAUACUCAGCACCCUGGCUAUGCUCUGUCGCCGCUGGCUCGCCAACCGGGUCCAACCAGAGCCCAGUGCAGUGGAUGGAGCCGUAACCAAGAGCUCAGACGCAGAUCUCCAGUGUACCAGCAGGGAGGAAGACCCUCGGAAGUAA